GCUGCUUCCGGGUCAAUGCAGGACACAGGGCUCCGGCGGCUGGAGUGGGGGACGAGGUGAAGCGGAGCCGGUCCGGGGCCGGCCGGGAGCAGGCCCGAGGCUGAGCGGCGGCCACGGCGGCGGCCGGGAGGGGGGAGGAGAGGCGCAGGCUGAGGAGCCGCCGCAGCAGCUCCCCCGCCUCCCGGGCUGAGGGGUGAGUGGAGCCCGGGCCUGCCGGCUCCGCCGGGUUGUCGAGGCCCGAGGGGCUCCCCUCUGGAGUCAGGGUGCGGUGCGAGGAAAUAGUGGGAAGAAGUAGGAGCGGGACGAGGCCUGCCUGGGCGAAGGGGAGGAUGGGACACCUGCCGGGGCCGGAGGGAGGAUGGGGCCGGGCCUGCGCUGCGGCGGCGCGGGGAGGGCCUGGGCUGGGAGAGGGGCCUGAGUCGGAGGGGGCCGUCGGAGGGAGCUGUCGGAGUUCCUGGGAGAAUCAGGGCUUCCCGCUGUGCCCCGGGGUCUGGGGGACGAGGAGCUGCCCCUUGGCUGGUAGGAGAUGGAGGUUGGAGAUGUCUGGGGCUGCUGGGGAAAUAGGAAACUUGCUCUGAACUACUGAAUAAAAAAAAAAAAAAGAGUACGUGUCCCAGGGAGGUUCGGUUGGGUUAGGAGCUCCUGGGACACCAGGCCUGCUCCUUUCGGGGCCCGUAGAAGCAAGCGGCAGUUUAAAAAGGGCUUUUGAGAGAAUCGUUUUGCCCCCAGGACAACUAACUGACAAUGAGGCGGUUGGAGUAAGAUGGGACCUGGGAGGAGGGUACCCUGUCCGGAGAUCUGGGAGAGGAGAAGGGUCAGGAUCUGUGAGGAGCUUCAUUCUCUGUUGAGUUCGAGAUCCUCUUCUAGGAAGACAUACUGGGAAUUGGUGAAGCGAGAAGGAGAGUGAUACUGUCUUGGGGCACAGUGAUUCUGGAAGUUGUAAUUCCGUAAAGUUGGUUGGAAGAGUAAACUUGUUUCUAGUCAGGGAGGGAGGAGGAGCUCUCUGAAAGUUGCUAAGUUACCAGAAGCUUGUAGGCACCGCCUAGGGCUGGUGUUUGGGGAAGUUAGUUCUUUCAGGUCCAAAUUCGGGCUUAGUUACGGCGUGUCCUCAUUCUUUUUUGGCUGCCCGGAGCUCUUAAAUUGGUUUCCACGAGCCCAUCUUGAGCUAAGAGAUUGUGUAGGUGCUGAGGGCUGAUGAAUGUCUUUGGGUCCAGAGACAUUUGACCUAAAUCUCUAGGUUAGGAGCUUUCAAACUUUUGAAAAAAUCAUGCUCCAUAUUAAGAAGAACGUUUUUCAUUAUCGUCUGGUACAUACAUACCCACAUAGGAACAAGAAGUUUCACAAAGCAGUACUCACUCUUAUUACUAAUGAUGCAUACUGAUAAUGGUUAUUAUAUUUCAUUCUUUUUAUUUAAGAAAUACUAACUAAAUGCACUAAAUUGAUACACGGGUCAUAACUUGCAGUUUGACAAACUGUCUCCAGGGCACAUUUUUUUGGCUUCAAUUAGUGUCUUACUGUAUGUUUCUAGAGAACAAGGAUGAUAAUAAGGAGAUGGGUAGGGAGGGAGAGUGGAAACCCCCUGGUGCAAUUGACUACUUCUCUUGUUUACAUAUUUAGAAGGUGUAGCAAAUUAUACCAUAAUCUUUGAUGUCUUAAUUUGCCUGAUCAGUUGAUGAAAUUUUGAAAUAAGUAUGUGCUUUUAAUUUUCUCUGUUCUUUGCUGGAUCUGAGAAAUAUGAGAGGCCUAGUUCCAUAGAGUUGAUUCAUCCCUACAACAUCUUUAAGAAUUUUAGGAAAGGAAGAUGGAUCAACCUAGCGGGAGGAGUUUUAUGCAAGUAUUAUGUGAAAAAUACAGUCCUGAAAACUUUCCUUAUCGCCGUGGUCCUGGGAUGGGAGUCCAUGUCCCAGCCACACCUCAGGGCUCUCCUAUGAAAGAUCGCCUCAACCUCCCAAGUGUACUGGUGUUGAACAGCUGUGGAAUUACCUGUGCAGGAGAUGAGAAAGAAAUUGCUGCCUUCUGUGCUCACGUGUCAGAACUAGAUCUCUCUGACAACAAACUUGAAGACUGGCACGAGGUCAGUAAAAUUGUGUCAAAUGUUCCCCAGUUGGAGUUUCUAAACCUGAGUUCCAACCCUCUGAAUUUAUCAGUUUUAGAAAGAACAUGUGCUGGGUCCUUCUCUGGGGUUCGAAAACUUGUCCUCAACAACAGCAAAGCUUCUUGGGAGACAGUCCACACGAUACUGCAGGAGUUACCAGAUUUGGAAGAACUCUUCCUGUGCCUUAAUGACUAUGAAACAGUGUCUUGUCCUUCUAUUCGCUGUCAUUCUCUUAAGCUACUACAUAUAACAGACAAUAACCUCCAAGACUGGACUGAAAUACGCAAGUUAGGAGUUAUGUUUCCCUCACUGGAUACCCUUGUCCUGGCCAACAACCAUUUGAACGCUAUCGAGGAGCCUGAUGAUUCAUUGGCCAGGUUGUUUCCUAAUCUGCGAUCCAUCAGCCUCCACAAGUCAGGUUUGCAGUCCUGGGAAGACAUUGACAAACUAAACUCAUUCCCUAAACUUGAAGAAGUGAGAUUGUUAGGUAUUCCUCUUCUGCAGCCAUACACCACCGAGGAGCGAAGGAAGCUGGUAAUAGCCAGAUUGCCAUCGGUCUCCAAACUUAAUGGCAGUGUUGUUACUGAUGGUGAGCGAGAAGACUCCGAGAGAUUUUUUAUCCGUUACUAUGUGGAUGUCCCACAGGAAGAAGUGCCAUUCAGGAUGAAUUAUUCAUCAUUACUUAGAAUUUGGGUCUCUUUCAUCUUCGCACUUGUAUGGCACCAAGUUCAGCCCAGGGAACUCAUGUAUCCAUUUUGGCAGAAUGACACCAAAACCCCUAAAGUGGACGAUGGAAGCUCAUCUGAGAUUAAGCUAGCCAUUCCCGUCUUCUUCUUCGGCGUUCCUUACCGUACUGUCUACGUCAAUAACAACGGAGUUGUCUCCUUCAACGUGCUCGUGAGCCAGUUCACACCUGAAUCUUUCCCCCUGACGGAUGGGAGGGCCUUCAUUGCUCCCUUUUGGGCAGAUGUGCACAAUGGGAUUCGAGGCGAGAUCUAUUACAGAGAGACCAUGGACCCUGUCAUCUUGAGGAGAGCCACCAAGGACAUCAGGAAGUACUUCAAAGACAUGGCAACCUUCUCUGCCACUUGGGUUUUCAUUGUGACCUGGGAGGAAGUCACGUUUUACGGAGGGAGCAGCACCACGCCUGUGAACACCUUCCAAGCCGUCCUGGUGUCUGAUGGCUCCUACACAUUUACGCUCUUCAAUUAUUAUGAGAUCAACUGGACCACUGGGACUGCGAGUGGUGGCGAUCCCCUGACAGGUCUUGGGGGAGUGAUGGCCCAAGCAGGAUUUAAUGGUGGAAACCUCACCAAUUUCUUCAGCCUGCCGGGGUCAAGAACCCCUGAUAUUGUGAACAUCCAAGAGACAACAAACGUCAAUGUGCCAGGUCGCUGGGCAUUUAAAGUUGACGGGAAGGAAAUUGACCCAGCCAAUGGCUGCACCUCCAGAGGACAGUUCCUUCGGCGAGGGGAGGUGUUCUGGGAUGACCUGAACUGCACCAUCAAGUGCCGCUGUCUGGAUUUCAACAAUGAGAUCUACUGCCAGGAUGCCUCCUGCAGCCCCUACGAGGUGUGCGAACCCAAAGGCAAAUUCUUCUACUGCAGCCCAGUGGAGACCAGCACGUGUGUGGUGUUCGGGGAGCCGCACUACCACACGUUUGAUGGCUUCCUCUUCCACUUCCAAGGCUCUUGUGCCUACCUAUUGGCCCGACAGUGUUUGCAGACUUCCAGCCUCCCCUUCUUCAGUGUGGAGGCCAAGAACGAGCACCGGGGGGGCUCAGCCGUCUCCUGGGUGAAGGAGCUCUCGGUGGAGGUGAAUGGCUACAAGAUUCUCAUCCCCAAAGGAAGCUAUGGAAAAGUCAAGGUUAAUGACCUAGUGGCUUCUUUGCCCGUCACCUUAGAGUUGGGGGCGGUGAAAAUCUACCAGAGUGGCAUGUCUACUGCCGUGGAAACGGAUUUUGGGCUCUUAGUGACAUUUGAUGGCCAGCACUACGCCUCCAUCUCCAUCCCAGGCUCCUAUAUCAACUCCACGUGCGGACUCUGCGGCAACUACAACAAAAACCCUCUGGAUGACUUCCUGCGCCCUGACGGCAGGCCGGCCAUGUCAGUCCUGGACCUGGGAGAGAGCUGGCGGGUCUACCACGCCGAGUGGAAGUGCGACUCGGGCUGCGUGGACAACUGCACUCAGUGCGACAUGGCCACCGAGGCCCUCUACUUUGGUCCCGACUACUGCGGCUUCCUCAACAGGACGGACGGCCCCCUGUGGGAGUGUGGCACUGUUGUGGACCCCACGGCCUUCGUGCAUAGCUGCGUGUACGACUUGUGCAGUGUGAGGGACAACGGGACGCUCCUAUGUCAGGCCAUCCAGGCCUAUGCCCUCGUGUGCCAAGGCCUGGGCAUUCCAAUCGGAGACUGGCGCAUCCAGGCUGGGUGUGUGUCCACCGUGCAGUGCCCGAGCUUCAGCCACUACUCCGUGUGCACCAGCAGCUGCCCAGACACGUGCUCGGACCUGACGGCCUCGCAGAACUGCGUCACGCCCUGCACGGAGGGCUGCGAGUGCAACGAAGGCUUUGUCCUCAGCACCAGCCAGUGCGUCCCGCUGCACAAGUGUGGCUGUGACUUCGACGGCCACUACUACGCCAUGGGCGAGUUCUUCUGGGCCACGGCCAACUGCACGGUACAGUGCCUGUGCGAGGAGGGCGGCGACGUGUACUGCUUCAACAAGACGUGCCGCGGCGGCGAGGUGUGCGCCGUGGAGGACGGCUAUCAGGGCUGCUUCCCCAAGCGGGAGACCGUGUGCCUGCUCAGCCAGAGCCAGGUACUGCACACCUUCGACGGCGCCGCCUACGCCUUCCCCGCCGAGUUCUCCUACACGCUCCUCAAAACCUGCCCCGAGCGCCCGGAGUACUUGGAAAUCGACAUCAACAAGAAGAAGCCCGAGGCGGGGCCCGCCUGGCUGCGGGGCGUCCGGAUCCUGGUGGCCGACCAAGAGGUCAAGAUAGGAGGCAUCGGGGCUUCGGAGGUCAAGGUGAAUGGUCAGGAAGUGGAACUGCCUUUUUUCCAUCCUUCGGGAAAGCUGGAAAUCUAUCGAAACAAAAACAGCACGACGGUGGAGUCCAAGGGUGUGCUGACCGUGCAGUACUCAGACGUGGGUCUGCUCUACAUCCGACUCUCCACGGCCUACUUCAACUGCACGGGGGGCUUGUGCGGCUUCUUCAAUGCCAAUGCCAGCGACGAGUUCUGUCUCCCCACUGGCAAGUGCACGGACAACCUGGCAGUGUUCCUGGAGAGCUGGACCACUUUCGAGGAGAUCUGCAACGGGGAGUGUGGGGACCUGCUGAAGGCCUGCAACAAUGACUCGGAGCUGCUGAAGUUCUACCGCGGCCGCUCCAGGUGCGGCAUCAUCAACGACCCCUCCAACAGCUCCUUCCUGGAGUGUCACGGUGUGGUCAACGUCACCGCCUACUACCGCACCUGCCUCUUCCGCCUGUGUCAGAGCGGGGGCAACGAGUCGGAGCUCUGCGACUCCGUGGCCCGGUACGCAAGUGCCUGCAAGAACGCCGAUGUGGAGGUGGGCCCCUGGAGAACCCACGACUUCUGCCCUCUGGAGUGCCCGGAGAACAGCCAUUUCGAGGAGUGCAUGACAUGUACGGAGACCUGUGAGACCCUGGCCCUGGGCCCCAUCUGUGUGGACACCUGCUCCGAGGGGUGUCAGUGUGACGAGGGCUACGCCCUGCAAGGCAGCCAGUGCGUCACCCGGAGCGAGUGUGGCUGCAACUUCGAAGGGCACCAGCUUGCCACCAAUGAGACCUUCUGGGUGGACCUGGACUGUCAGAUCUUCUGCUACUGCAACGGCACGGACAACAGCGUCCACUGUGAGAGCGUCCCCUGCAAGGACGACGAGUACUGCAUGGAGGAGGGCGGCCUCUACUACUGCCAGGCCCGCACGGACGCCUCCUGCGUCGUCUCUGGCUACGGCCACUACCUGACCUUUGACGGCUUCCCCUUUGACUUCCAGACCAGCUGCCCGCUCAUCCUGUGCACCACAGGAAGCAGGCCGAACUCAGACACGUUCCCCAAGUUCGUCGUCACAGCCAAGAACGAGGACCGAGAUCCGUCGCUGGCGCUGUGGGUCAAGCAGGUGGACGUGAGCGUGUGGGGCUACAGCAUCGUGAUUCACAGGGCCUACAAGCACACGGUGCUGGUCAACAAUGAGCGGCUCUAUCUGCCCCUGAAGUUGGGACAAGGGAAGAUAAACAUCUUUUCUUUUGGUUUCCACGUGGUGGUGGAAACUGACUUUGGGCUAAAGGUGGUCUACGACUGGAAGACCUUCCUGUCCGUCACGGUUCCUCGGAGCAUGCAGAACAGCACCUACGGCCUGUGUGGCCGCUACAACGGCAACCCCGACGACGACCUGGAGAUGCCCAUGGGUCUGCUGGCCUCCAGCGUCAAUGAGUUUGGACAGAGCUGGGUGAAGAGGGACACCUUCUGCCAGGUUGGCUGUGGUGACCGCUGCCCAUCCUGUGCCAAGGUGGAAGGUUUCUCCAAAGUGCAGCAGCUCUGCAGCCUGAUCCCCAGCCAGAAUGCGGGCUUCACCAAGUGCCACAGCAAGGUCAACCCCACCUUCUUCUACAAGAACUGCCUCUUCGACUCUUGCAUUGAUGGGGGCGCUGUGCAGACCGCCUGCAGCUGGCUGCAGAACUACGCCAGCACCUGCCAGACCCAGGGGAUCGCCGUGACCAGCUGGAGGAACUACACGUCCUGCUCCGUCGCCUGCCCUGCCAACAGCCACUACGACAGCUGCGUGAGCGUGUGCCAGCCCCGCUGCGCCGCCAUCCGCCUCAAGAGCGACUGCAACCACUACUGCGUGGAGGGCUGCCAGUGCGACCCCGGCUACGUGCUCAACGGCAGGAGCUGCAUUCUGCCGCACAACUGCGGCUGCUACUCCGACGGCAAGUACUACGAGCCCAAGCAGCUGUUCUGGAACAGCGACUGCACGCGGCGGUGCCGCUGUUUCCGGCGCAACCUGAUCCAGUGCGACCCGCGCCAGUGCAAGUCGGACGAGGAGUGCGCGCUGCGCCACGGGGUGCGCGGCUGCUUCAGCACCAAGACCUCCUACUGCCUGGCGGCCGGCGGCGGCGUCUUCCGCACCUUCGAUGGCGCCUUCCUCCGCUUCCCAGCCAACUGCGCCUUCGUGCUCUCCACUAUCUGCCAGAAGCUCCCCGACAUCUCCUUCCAGCUCAUCAUCAACUUCGACAAGUGGUCGGCCCCCAAUCUCACCAUCAUUUCGCCCGUCUAUUUCUACAUUAACGAAGAGCAGAUUCUCAUCAGCGACCGGAACACAGUCAAGGUGAAUGGCACACAAGUGAAUGUUCCGUUUAUAACUGGCCUGGCAACCAAAAUCUACAGCAGUGAGGGGUUCCUGGUGAUUGACACCAGCCCCGACAUCCAGAUCUACUACAACGGCUACAACGUCAUAAAAAUCAGCAUCAGUGAGAGGCUGCAGAACAAAGUGUGUGGCCUUUGUGGCAACUUCAAUGGGGACUUAACUGAUGAUUACGUGACCUUGCGGGGGAAGCCAGUGGUGAGCAGCGUGGUGCUGGCCCAGAGCUGGAAAACCAAUGGCAUGCAGAAGAGCUGCAACGAGCUGCAGUUCUCACAGUACGCAGCCAUGUGCGACAACGUGCACAUCCAGAACAUGCAGGGAGACGGCUACUGCCUGAAGCUCACGGACAUGAAGGGCUUCUUCCAGCCCUGCUACGGGCUCCUCGACCCCCUCCCCUUCUACGAGUCCUGCUACCUGGACGGCUGCUACAACCUCAAGAAGUUCCAGCUGUGUGGCUCCCUGGCCGCCUACGGGGAGUCCUGCCGCUCCUUCGGAAUCCUCAGCACCGAGUGGAUUGAGAAGGAGAAUUGCUCAGGAGUGGUUGAAGAUCCUUGUGUGGGGGUGGACUGUCCCAACCGAACCUGUGAGCUGGAAAAUGGAGGGGAGCUGUGUGGCUGCAUUGAACCCCCUCCCUAUGGAAACAACUCCCACGACAUCAUUGAUGCAGAGGUGACCUGCAAGGCGUCUCAGAUGGAAGUGUCCAUAUCUAAGUGCAAGCUCUUCCAGCUCGGCUUCGAGAGGGAGGGUGUGCGGGUCAAUGACAGGCAGUGCACCGGCAUUGAGGGCGAGGACUUUAUCUCCUUUCAGAUCAACAACACCAAAGGGAACUGUGGCAACAUUGUGCAGUCCAAUGGCACUCAUAUCAUGUAUAAAAACACUAUUUGGAUCGAAAGUGCCAACAAUACUGGCAACAUCAUCACCAGGGACAGGACAAUCAAUGUGGAAUUUUCAUGUGCUUAUGAGCUGGAUAUCAAGAUCUCCUUGGACUCCGUGGUGAAGCCUAUGCUAAGUGUCAUUAACCUGACGGUUCCAACUCAAGAAGGCAGCUUCACCACCAAGAUGGCACUCUACAAAAACGCCUCCUACAAACAUCCUUACCGCCAGGGUGAAGUUGUGCUAACAACUCGAGAUGUGCUGUACGUUGGGGUCUUUGUGGUCGGAGCUGAUGCCACACAUCUCAUUCUGACGCUGAACAAAUGCUACGCCACCCCAUCCCGUGACAGCAACGACAAGCUCCGAUACUUCAUCAUUGAAGGAGGGUGUCAGAACAUUAAAGACAACACCAUUGGCAUCGAGGAGAAUGGCGUCUCCCUCACCUGCCGCUUCCACGUCACGGUCUUUAAGUUCAUUGGGGACUAUGAUGAAGUCCACCUACACUGCGCCGUGUCCCUCUGCGAUUCAGAAAAGUACUCCUGUAAAAUAACUUGCCCUCAAAAUUCCAGGACUGCCACAGAUUAUACCAAGGAACCUAAAGAACAGAUCAUUUCAGUGGGACCUAUUCGGAGAAAAAGGCUGGACUGGUGUGAGGACAAUGGAGGAUGUGAGCAGAUUUGCACGAGCCGGGUGGAUGGGCCCCUGUGCAGCUGCGUGACGGGCGCCCUGCAGGAGGACGGCAAGAGCUGCCGAGCCUCUAAUUCUUCCAUCGAACUUCAAGUUUGGAUGCUGCUUCUCGUCAUGACCCAGAUUUCAUUAUGGCAUUUUGUCUAUAAGUCAGGCACGACCUCAUAAUUCACUCAAGGUUAUAUAUAAAGUACUGUAAUUUACUUACUUUGACCCCCUGUAGGCGAUAAGGUGUGUGCCCUUAAGUCAGAACCUAUUUGAAAUUGUCCACAGUCUCAAAGUGAUACCAUCUCCCCCAAACGGUCAGAGUUCCAGAAAAGAGGGAAAAGCCAUGCCACCCCCCCCCCCCAACUUUCAGAGUAUGCAACCCGGCUUCUAAAAGUCAGCUGUGGAAAACAUGUAUCUUGCCUAACAUUUCCAAACAGUUGUCACUAGGAACCUUGGGUUCACAGGAAAAUCCAGUAAAGGAAAAAAUUCUGGUGAGACAAGUCUACCUGGAAAUCUAACCAGAGAAAUCUACCCCACCAGUAGAUCCAGCGCUGUGUCUGGAUCACAGUUUUUACAGAGGGCGGGCCUGGUGGAGUGAUAGUGAACAUUGAGAAGCAGUGGUUGGAAGGCUCGACUCCCUCUGAGGGGUCCCUCCGAUGUUUGGAAGUGUCUGACUUCCCAUACUCCUGCGUUCUCCCCUCCCUGCCCUCGAGUCCGCCAGUCCUGCCAGGGCCGAGUGUGCACCUCGUAUAUUGUUUGCUGACCUGGGGAACCCCACCCCCCAUCCUUCCCUUCAGACCCAGACUCUUCUCUUUUACAAAUCAACCGAAUAAUUUUUAAUAUGUUUUAUGCUUAA